AUGGACACUCCGCGAAGUUUCCAGACCAAACUGUUUAUAAACAACCAGUAUGUGCCCGCCAAGUCCGGGACACACUGCACCGUACGCAACCCUUACAACAACACAGUUGUGAGCGACAAGGUCCAUUGCGCCGGCAAAGAAGACGUCGAUGACGCGGUGACCGCUGCACUGUGCGCGUACAGAGGCGCAUGGGGACAGAUGUCCGGACAAGAGAGAGCGAAAUGCAUGCUGGCGCUUGCGGACCUCCUGGACGCGCGCGCGGCCGAGCUAUCCCACCUCGAAACGCUCUCGAUCGGGCUGCCUAUUGCCAUUUCACGCAGCUUAGCUAACGCGCUGGGCGCCAUCUGGCGCUAUUACGCUGGAUUCUGCGACAAGUUGCCCGGGGAAUUUAUCCCCGAGGGAGACGACCGCGUUUACAAGAUUGUCCGGUAUGAUCCAUUCGGAGUCUGCGCUGGCAUUGGGGCAUGGAAUGCGAGUCUCUUCUUCUUGUCCAUGAAAGCCGCCCCGGCCAUCGCUGCCGGUAACACCUUUAUCUUCAAGUCCUCUGAGAAGUCCCCCCUCGGCGCUAUCCAGCUUGGCGAGCUGGUUGUUCGAGCCGGAUUUCCGCCGGGAGUAAUCAAUCUUCUGAGUGGCGACGGCUCGACCGGGACGCUUCUCGCUUCGCACAUGGAUAUUCAGAAAAUCGGGUUCACCGGCUCGCUCGAGACGGGAAAGAAGAUACAGAUAGCUGCCGCCCAGAGUAAUCUCAAAAGGGUGACGCUGGAACUGGGGGGAAAGUCUCCGUCGAUCGUCUUUGACGAUGCAGAUAUAGACAAUGCCCUCCAGCACGCGUCACAGAGCUUCCUCGUCCACUCGGGGCAGAUCUGUGUGGCUGCGUCCCGACUCCUAGUCCACAGCUCAAUCUUCGAGCAAUUCGUCGACAAAUUGAAGGCCAGAUUCGAAAUGCUAGCGCAGGCAUCUGGCAAUCCGGAAAGUGAGACCACAUUCCUCGGCCCAGUGGUCGACGAAGGCCAGAGGGACCGCAUUUUGUCGCUGGUGAAAGGGUCACAGGACACGCGAGGAGACGUCCUGUUGACUGGAGGAGCAUCGUCCAAAGGGAAUUUCGUGACUCCAACCAUCUUGAAGAAUCCACCUCUGGAUUCUGAUGCUUGGACUCAGGAAAUCUUCGGGCCCGUCCUCUGUAUUCGCGCGUUUGAUACCGAAGACGAGGCCAUUGAGCUGGCCAAUGCAUCCAAGUAUGGUCUGUCCUCCUGUGUCUACACUCGAGAUAUCCCCCGCGCCUUGCGCGCGGCCAAGCGCCUGCAGGCCGCUGGAGUCGCCAUCAAUUCUAACCACCAGCCCGAGUUUGACGUCCCCUUGGGAGGAUGGAAGCAGAGUGGGAAUGGCGGCUACGAAGGAGGUCAGACGGCUUUGAUGGAAUACCUUCAGGCCAAAACAGUACUUCUCAAUAUGGCAAAGCUUUGA